AAGUUACACUCUCAUAUAAACAUGGCGGAAGUGUGUAACUCUUCGACGUGAUUGAUCUGAAAURCGGAAAAUGUAGCURAWUUAGCURUAAUCGUCAAGAAAGUUGUCUUUCAAAACUUCAAGGAAACAACAUUCUUCGAUUUUAAGACCAUAAAGACCMAGAUCAGCCAUUUGAUUUGGUAGAAGAACUCGUUUUGGAUUGAUGUUCACUUGSGAGUCAGUGAAGUGUUACUUGUGUUUUUAGAAAUAUCCUCUAUUUCUUUUCGGUACUUUGUGCUAUAUUUUCACAAAAACUGGCUCUAACGACUACGGGUGAUAUAAUGAUAAGGAUUAUAUUCCCAAUCAGUGUUAUAUUGGCCGUCAUUUCUCAAGUUGCAAUUGUAAAUGGAUGCACUCUUCAAGUCAAAUUACCUCUGGUAAUCCUUGGCUAUAGGCCAGCAGACCACAAUAAGCUACGUUUUUCGAUAGGUGAUACCCUGAAGUUUAGAUGUUUCAGCCAACAUCAAAUCACGUAUAAUUUAACUGGACCACCAAAGAUACAAUGUGAAAGUAACAAUUUAUGGUCUUCCAAGCCUCCUAGAUGCAAAGCAACAUUGUGUUCACSCUCCCCUCCCACUGAUGUACCAAAUGCAAGUCUUCUCAGUAAAGUAAUAGUAGGCCAGAGCAAUAAGAUUGGGAAAAUAGCACACUAUAACUGCUCAGUUGGCUAUUCCUCUCCGUCCUUGGUAAAAGUCUGCCAGAAGAAUGGAUAUUGGCAGGGCAAUGUAAACUGCACCAGAACAGUAUGCUCUCGUCCAGUCCUUCCUAAUGGACAAGUUGACUACAAAUCUCUGUUAUAUGGCAGCAUCGCUAAGUACACUUGUCAUAAUGGCUAUGUAUUGUCUGGAUCUUCAACAAGAACAUGCAAUGGUCAUGGACAAUGGACUGGAACUCAGCCUUGGUGUUCUAAACUGUGUCCCAAACUUGAGAAUUUUUCAAAUGGGYAUUUUGUACCYGAUCGAYCAUCUUACAUGCCAGGGCAAAAAAUCACCUUUAAAUGUAUCAGUGAUAGGUAUGUUGUAAAGGGCUCAGCUGAGAAGACAUGUCAACAGGAUGGAACCUGGUCUGGAUCUUCCACCAAAUGUGUGAUCAACCAAUGUUUAGCUGUUGGUUCCAUUAAGAAAGGCAAAAUUGUAUACAGUGGACAACCAUUUAUAAUUGGUACUGAAGUCAGGUUUACUUGCUUUACUGGAUACAAACUAGUAGGCACAAAUAAAAGAGUUUGUCAACGUAAUGGCAUAUGGUCUGAUGGUCCAAAUCCUACAUGUAAAGCUGAAAUAUCAUGUGCAGAUCCUGGAGUGAUCACAAAUGGGAAACACUUUCCAGGAAGCCCACAAGGGAUCUAUGUUUAUGGCACUGUUGUGAAGUAUUCGUGCUCAUCUCAUUAUUACUUGUGGGGCAAUUCUACAAUGAAAUGUCAAAGUUAUAAMGGAUCGCCGUUUUGGACGAAUCCACCGCCCCGGUGUCUUACACUUACGGAGUUUAGUAGUAGAUGUCAAGAGAGUGGCAAGCACUUAAAAAAUGUUGCAAGUGGUUAUCCAGUGUGCGUAUCGAAUGUGCUCCCACACGUCAACGACGGCAGCCAAAGUCAUAGACAGCUAGACACGCUGACCAUAGUCACCGCGAGUGCAGGCUCAACAUUAGGUGCAUUAGUCAUCCUGCUAAGCAUCAUGGUCUUUGUUCGUCGCUUUCACCGCAAUCGCCGGUUUAGGCAUCAAAAUAUUCGUAGUCGUUUCUAUAGUGACGACGACCAUGUGACUUUGAUCACAUGCCCACGUGGAUUUCAUUUCUCUUUGCCAUCUUACGAUGAAGCAAUGAGUCAAGUUCAACGGGAUCCUCCGCCCUUUGACACUGUUGUUCAAGACAAUACAACUACUGUGAUCAAUAAUAACAUUAAUAUAACAAUGCCUUCAGAUGAGACUUCUAGAAACCGCGAUUCAGGUGGCUCUAGGACGCAUGACAGAACAAUCCUGCAAGUCUCCGCUGACCAGCAAGUAAACAUUGUGAAUAAUCCAAUGCCCAAUAACUCGCAGGGUGAAUUAAACACGAAUUCGACCAAUAACCAGGUUGGUAACUCGACCAGGAAUAGUGUCUCAUCGCAGGAGAGUAUUGCGAUAUCGGAGCCGCCUUCUCUAAGUAUAUCUGAAGAUGAGCAGUCGAUCAGCGAAUCGCAACCAUUGAUGGGUUCAAACUGAACAAUAGGUUUUGUAAAUAGGUAAUUGGCAUGUUAAAUGUCGUCACUUUAGUAAUUCAAACUUUGAUUAGUACGUUUGUAGAUAUAUUGCGCAUGUUUACUUUAAUAUCAAAUAAAGUGCAGUUGAUUUAAACAGUCUCGUUAGCCCUUCAAAAAGAAACAAACAAAAAAUGCUACAUUGUUUUUUUCCUGGUCCACGGUCAAGAUUAUAUUGAAUUAAGUAGGAAUAUUGACAUUGUUGUGUCAACUAUCAUCGAUUAUCAUACAUGUUCAAACAUCGAAUUAAAACAAUUGUUGCUUGUUAUUA